GUCCAGUUUGCGUGAUGAUUCAUGGGGUGGUGUUGGCAUAAGGACUUUUGGAAGCAAGCAGACCUCCGUAACGUCAAGCAGCGCCAAGGAAUGGAGGACGACUCGAACCUUGCGAGGCAGCCUACAGUAUUACGCGCGAGAGAUUGCUAGUCGACAGAUAGAGGGCAGUGAGAUCUCGAGGACGAUGCCAAAGCUACGCGCACUUCUUGCGACCGGAAUGAGUGAAUAUGGCGAUGACACUGUCUGGCAGGGUGGAAGGGACCGUAAACAAUGGCUUGGCGCGCCAAGGAGUGAGCUCGAAUUUCGUGCCCUUUCAUUCUUCCGACACCAGCAACCCUUUUCCAAAAAACAUCCACCUCCAACACAUCAAAUAUGCUGAGGGUGCGAUCAACAACCACCACGACAGCCUCCACGACUGCUGCAGCAACAGGCCUUAUUGUAGGUCAGUCCACCUAACAGAGGCAGUGUCGUUUCCGCGACGUCGACCACUUCAUCUGUGGUCACUUCGCGGAGGCGCGACAGCUUCACGACGCAUCCACCCACACCACAUCCCUUGCACCUUCAUCAGACAUGCAGUCGGUGGUAUGCUGACCUUCUCUUACUCGCAGUCGACGCCGGCGACCUUCAAAGAUUCAUUCCUUGGAUCGCGGCGGUCCCUGCUGCCGUGUCGAAUCGAGGAGGCAGACAUCAAGGCCAGCCUUCCUGCAGCAGGCACAACAUCCAAGUGCUCAUGCGCCACCGUCCGUCGCCUUGAUUGUGCAGCUGCCACCGGGAGGAUGGAUUGGAGAAGAAAAGACCAGCGGCGGGACUCAACGCCUCCUUUCCUGACCGGUGCCUCGCAGCUGGCAGUCAAGGCACUUCUGCAGCGCAGCACGCACUCUUGCUGGCAAAACAAGCCACUUUCUGGAGAUACCGGAACUACGUUGAUGGUCCGCGUGUAGCGAGAUCACCAUCGCACGUGGACCGUCACCAACAAGCAUAUCCCACUUUC